CCUAAAGGUCUGCAGUCUCUGGUCAUCCCCUGCACUGUCCGCAGUCUCUGGUCAUCCCCUGCACUGUCCGCAGUCUCUGGUCAUCCCCUGCACUGUCCGCAGUCUCUGGUCAUCCCCUGCACUGUCCGCAGUCUCUGGUCAUCUCCUGUAGUAUGUCUGCAGUCUUUGGUCAUCUCUUGUAUUGUCUACAGUCUCUGGUCAUCUCCUGUACUGUGUCCGCAGUGUCUGGUCAUCUCCUGUACUAUGUCCGCAGUCUCUGGUCAUCCCCUGUACUGUGUCUGCAGUCCAUUGGUCAGCAGUCAUCUGUACUGUCCGCAGUCUCUGGUCAUCCCUGUACUGUCCGCAGUCUCUGGUCAUCCCUGUGCUGUCCGCAGUCUCUGGUCAUCCCUGUGCUGUCCGCAGUCUCUGGUCAUCCCUGUGCUGUCCGCAGUCUCUGGUCAUCCCUGUGCUGUCCGCAGUCUCUGGUCAUCCCUGUGCUGUCCGCAGUCUCUGGUCAUCCCUGUGCUGUCCGCAGUCUCUGGUCAUCCCUGUGCUGUCCGCAGUCUCUGGUCAUCCCUG